AUGUGGUUAAUACAGUCAAAUAAUCAGGCUGAGGAAGUGCAGCUGAGCAAACGUUACAGCUCUUUUCCUGUUUCUGCUGUUGAGGCAGCCGCCAAAAGCCAAAAAGAAGAGCGAGACGAGAAGCUAAGCAUCAGGCUGGUUUACAUUUUCUCCUACAACCUGUUCCAGUUUUGCGGACACACGUGGAUUCUGACCAACACUGUGGUCCGGUUCCUCACCUUCGGACAAGAUGCGCUAGCAGACACGUUUCAUUCCAUCGGCUUGGUCAUGAGUCUGUGCCAGCUGCUCGCGGUCUUGGAGCUUUUCCACAUUGCCGACGGGAUCGAGAAGGCGCUGCUGCUGCCGCGUUUCAUCCAAGUUUUGGAGAAGAACCUCCUUCUUUUGGUCCUCAUCCUGGCAGAGGAAGUGCAGAGUAAACCGGUGGUGUGCUUGCAACUCUUCUUCUGGAACAUCUUGGACUUGCUGAGGUACCCCCAUGAAGUGAUGUGCGUGAUGGACACGCCAUCGUCUUGCAUGCUGUGGGUCCGUUACACUCUGUGGAUCCCCAUCUACGUCCUGUCCGUCAUCACAGAAGGGCUCACGAUAUCCCAAGCGACGCACUACCUAGAGCUGGAAGCAUCCCACGUGAGGAACGCGACAGCUUCAGCAUCCUCAAGCGGGAGCCCGCUAGCCCUUGUGAUUUUGUUGCCUCUCCUCGCUUUGGGCGGGACGCUCACAGUGUGGCAGUCGCUGAUAGAGAGAAGACAUCAGAUGGAGAGGUGGGCCAAGAAGAUCAAGAAGAAAUGA